AUUCUCAAUUGGUUGUUUAGCUUAGAUUCCGUGGUGUCGGUCGAUAGGGCUUUCAAUUUACGUUCACAGUCGGCUGAAUGAAGGAGAAAUGUAUAUACGAUCUCGUGUCUGCUAAGUGCAUGAUACAGAGGUAAAACGGACUGGUAAGUCACCGCGCUAACAAUGACAGACAUCACACUUUUCUACGGCACUGACCACACCCCCCAAACUACCCAUCCUCGAACACAAAACGUGGGUGUUACUACGCUUACUGAGCCGUCCUUGUUACAAACUAUGACAAACAGAUUUAAAAACCGAUUUGGAGGGGCAUAGCUUCACGUGCUAGUCCCGGACAAGGCCAGAUAUUGGUGAACUAUACCAAGGAAAUACUCUCAGCGAUGUAGCUUGGCAAAUACUUGCAUUUACAUUUCAAACAAAUUGGAUAAGAUAUAUGGGGCUUUAAUAUCAAGAAUAGAAGAAAAACGGAGUUUGUUGGAGCACUUACCAUAGCUGAUUGAACAGAGGACUGAACGCAAGUGAUAUAUAUACAGGAUUAACAGAACCUAGAGACAGCGGAGUUUUUUUAAAUACAUUCCACUUGGAACGUACUCAGCAGAGUUUGGCUACGACGUAAGAAAAUGAAAUAAAUCUCCUAGACACGUAUUGUUUAAUUUGUAAAAUUUAGAUUGUGUAAUACACUUGUUACAUGCUUCAUGAAGUUCCUAUUAUAACGGCCAAGUAUCGUGUGUGUCUGACCGUUCACACGCAUAGAUGCGGGAGAGAAUGACUUUGGCGAAAAUUGAUACGAAUGUGGAAAGUGUUAUCGAUAUAAAGUUAUGUGACCAGUCUAUACUACCGAAUUAUUCAGAGCAACACUUUGUAUACUGUCAAAUCUGAAAAGGAAGACAAAGAGUUUGUGUGACGAGUCCAGGAACCGUUGGACAUAGUGUGACUGACCCAAUAUCAUCGAUGACCCCACGUGUGGUGGGUUUGUGAACACGCGGUAUAUAUCAUCUGUGAUAUGAUGGAGGUAAUAAACUCAGACACGUGUAACAGGUGUAAAACAAUGCAUUGUAGAACAAUAGAACGGCGGACAGGUGAUCUGUGUGGGGGAGUGACUCGAUCUGUGUAUCAUUCCAGUACGGGGAGGACACUUACUCUUAUCCUGCUAAUAUUCAUACAAUAUUCAUGGGGGAUGAGUAACGACAUCCUACGGUUGAAUCUUCCCCCAGAGCCUAACCUUGACCCUAACACAGUAUGUAAAACCUACCCAGCCCUGACGUCACAUCAGUACGAACACUGUUUUCAGCACCCGGAUGUGACGGCAUCAGCCAUUCAGGGAAUUCAGGUAGCCAUUCACGAAUGUCAGCACCAGCUGAAGGACCACCGCUGGAAUUGCUCCACGCUGGAAAAGAAAAAUAAAAAUCCUCAUGCGAGCCCAAUUCUUGGAAAAGGUUUCCGGGAGUCGGCGUUUGCGUAUGCUAUCCUGGCUGCGGGAGUGACCCACCAGGUGGCGAAGGCGUGCAGUAUGGGGAAACUGCGGUCCUGUGGCUGUGACAUGAGUCAGCACGGCAAGGUCAAGGACAAAUGGGAGUGGGGCGGGUGUAGUCACAACGUCGAGUUCGGAGAAAAAUUCUCGGCAAAAUUUUUGGAUGUGAAGGAGAGGGCAAAAGACAUCCACGCUAAAAUAAAUUUACACAACAACAGAGCCGGUCGUCUGUCUGUUAUAAGGAACGUCCGCCGGAAGUGCAAAUGUCACGGCAUGUCAGGAAGUUGUGAGAUUCAGACAUGUUGGAAAUCUACGCCAGACUUCCGGGAGGUUGGGAUCCGCUUGAAGAAGAAGUAUGACGCCGCGAGAAAGGUAAAGGUAAAUAUUCUUAAUGCGGCCGCAGCGAGGUAUCGUCGAAUACGCAGAAACACUCGAAAAUCUGAUCUCAUAUUCUACGAGAGGUCCCCAAAUUAUUGUGACGUCAACCCGCGCGUCGACUCAAUUGGAACUUCCGGUCGACUUUGUAAUAAAACCAGUUCCGGUGUGAAUAAUUGUCAGACACUGUGUUGUGGGCGUGGCUACAACACUCUCCGAGUCAAGCGUACGGAGAGGUGUGACUGUAAAUUUCACUGGUGUUGUUACGUCGUGUGUAAAGCAUGUUCCUACAACGAAUGGGUGACGGUCUGUAAAUGAAACACGUGACUCUGACUUUUGUAUACCUAACGAGAUUUUUGUUUACAAAUGUGGAAUUUCUUCAUCCAUCGCAAUAACAUGUGUCAUAACGUUGUAAUGUGACAAAACUGAUGACGAACGUCCGUGGAGGAGAUGGCUUUGUCUUACGUCACAGGAGUAUGUGUUAUAUGAAAAGUUAUCUGCCUUACGUCACAGGAUCAGGUGUUAUAUAUAACGUUACCUGUAUUACGUCACAGGAGUAUGUGUUAUAUAUAACGUUACCUGUAUUACGUCACAGUAGUAUGUGUUAUAUAAAACGCUACCUGUCUUACGUCACAGGAUCAGGUGUUAUAUACAAGUUACCUGUCUUUCGUCACAGGAUCAUGUUUAUAUGCCUUACGUCACGGGAUUGUGUGUUAAAUAAAAAGUGAACUGCCUUCCGUCUCAGGACUAUAUAUGUGUAAUAUAUAUAAAGCAGCUGUCUGACGUCAUGGGAUUAUGUGUUAUACAUUGUAUAUAAAAGCACCUGCCGGAUGCGAAAUCCAAUGUACCAAAAAACCAGUGAAACACCACUGGACCAAGUAUACUAUAGUUGGAUGACAACAUGCUUGAAUGUAUGUGACGUCACUAAUCUACUUCACAUUCAUCACCAAUAAUAUCAUGUAAUGGGAGGGAAAAGGACACACCCACUUUGAGUGGUUUUUGGACGUCGUUACCAUCUGUCUGACAUAGACAUUGCAGCAUUAACUACCAAUGUCAAGGACAUUGAUUAUCAAUGACAUGGACAUCAACUACCAGUGUUAAGGAAAUGAACUACUGAUGUCAAGGACAUUAACUACCAAUAUCAAGGUCAUUAACUACCAAUGUCAAGGUCAUUAACUACCAAUAUCAAGGACAUUGAUUACCAAUGGCAUGGACAUCAACUACCAAUGACAAGGAAAUGAACUACUGAUGCCAAGGUCAUUAUCUACCAAUGUCAAGGUCAUUAACUACCAAUGGCAAGGUCAUUAACUACCAAUGGCAAGGACAUCAACUACCAAUGUAAAGGUCAUUAACUACCGAUGGCAAGGACAUCAACUACCAAUGGCAAGGUCAUUAACUACCAAUGCCAAGGACAUUAAUUAACAAUGUCAAGGACAUCAACUACCAAUGUCAAGGUCAUUAAUUACCAAUGUCAAGGACAUCAAUAAACAAUGUCAAGUACACCAAUCAAUAAUGCAAAAGACGAAUAUGUGAAUAUCCGAUAGCAUUAGGUAAAAUACUUCAUGUACCUUGACUUGGACAAGCAGUUAUUGUCCCAAAUACAGACUAAGUGACUUCCAUUACGUGCACGCGACACAAAGAUGUCAAUACUACGUCACGUGAUAAGAACUGAUCAUUCCAGGAAGUUAGUCUAAACAUGGGAGAUAACUCUUAAUUAUAGUCAAAAGACAAUUUAUACCAAUACAGCAUGACAAGAUUGUACAUUUUAAUGUCUAUUUAAUUUUAUAAUAAGUAUAUUGUUUGUCUUCUUGAUGUGUUACUGACGUUUUAUCGGAAAUGUAAUUAUGUAUCGUCAUGGAGUGAAAUGAUCCAGCCAUCCUACUGUAUGUUUAUUCGUUUGAGAAAUGUUUUGUUGAAGUUUCAUUGUGUCUCUUUAGUCUGUGCCACAGAGUCAGGAUACAGUGUCGUUGUGUGGUAUAGUGCCUCUGACUAGGACGACAAGACAUUUUAAUGUUAUCACUAACACAUACUGUCCAUGUGCAUUGUCCCCUAGACUAGCACCCUGUCUCUAGAAUAUUGAAAUUACAAAUAAAAUUGACCUUUAUGAUUUUAAUCUCUAGGAUAUGUCUGAUUCUAGAUUCCUAAUUUUCAAACUAAGGGGAGAUAAUCUAGUAUUCGAAUUUAGCUGAGUAAUUUUUAACAAAAAAACUUAGGGGCUGGUGGUCAGUCUACUCGUCCCAUUGAAGUAUCAUAUAAGAAGGACUACCGAUUUUGGCGUAUGUUGUAUAAAUGUUAUGUCCAACUGUAAAAAAUGUAAAUUAUGAUCGGACUCAAUCAUUUGCUGUUAUCUGAUUGGACGAUACCGGCUUCAAUUUCUGUGAUGUACCUAAAACUAGAUUCUUUUUUAUAAUUUUCAAGUCAAUCUAUUCAUUUCACAGAACAUUACGACUCUGACAUAUUUUGAUUCGUAAAUGAAUUGUCAUAAAAUCAAUGAAUCGUUAGACGCCGUCUGAAUUUAUGAUGUCUGUCAGACUGUUGUCAAUUUUCCUUACCUUUAUGAUCAAGCAAAGGGGAGAACCGAAUCAAAUCUUCUUAUCUAUAUUACUGUGGUCAACCAGUUAGUUAGAGAGUUCUAGUUUGUGUAACCCUGGUAAAUACUAGCAGCAAUAUACGGCUCGGUUAGACAGACCUUCUCUUUAGCUCGAUCGGUUGAGCAUAAGACUAGUAAGCCAGGGGUCCCGGGUUCGAUCCCUAGCGGAGGCGGUGGUUUAAAUUUAUAUAAUUCCUGCGCUCUGUUACAUUUGUAAAGUGAACUCUCUACUAUUGAAGGAAGGGAAGCAACUCCAAGAGAAAAAAUAAAGAGACAAAGGGAGAGUACUCUAAAUCGUUAUUUAUUAAAAGACCAGCGACUCAUCAUCCCGUGCGUGUUAGAAGUCCAUAUACAUUCGCUCAAAGAUAUAUGUCUCAAUUCAGUACAAAUAUCACAUUGCUGGAGUUAGGUCCUAGGUUUAAGGGCGAUGUUUUUUUGUCAAAAGUCAACUAGUCGAGUCUUCAGUAUAUGACAUCAUGUUUGCCAAAAAGUACAACUAAACGCGUACUUCUCGAACCCACUUUAUAUCAUGUAUACACAGUAUUGCGACGGACAUUGUGGUUUUGUAACAAAAUUCUAGAUACCGAAGUUCUUACGUUUUGUAAAUAUAUUUUGUUGUUGAAUUCCGUCUCUGUACUAUUCUAGACUGACUUGAAUGUUUCACAAUUAUUGCACCUUAUACGUAUACCUGAAAUAUUGUUUGAUACAGGAUGUUGAUCACUGUGUUUUUUGAAAGAUGCUUGAAUGAUUAAAAAUUGUCUUUUUCCCCGUU